AUGGCGGGGAGGGCCGGGCCCUGAGGCGGCGGCGGGCUGCGUGAGGCGGCGGCGCGACGGAACCGGGCCUGGUUGGGCCUAACGGGACCUAACGGGACCUAACGGGGCCCGAACGGGUCUGAAGGGCCCGGAGAGUUCCGAAUUCCGGUACCGGCGCGGCGAUGCCGUCGGAGCGGGGCGGCUGGGCCGGGCUGAGCGGCCUGCAGAAGGUGGCGGUUCUGCUGGGCCUCCCCGCCGGAGCCACCGUGCUGUACAUCGUGUACCGGCGGUACCGGGAGGGCCGAGAGCUUCACGUCCCCACGGUGGGAGCGGAGGAGCUGCAGGCGGAGCUGCGCGUCCCGCGGGUGGCGGCGAGAGCCAUCAUCGGUCGGAAGGGAGCCACCAUCCGAAGGCUACAGCAGGAGACGGGGGCUCGGAUCGACCUGGAGGAGGAAGCUGAUGGUGAGGAGCGGCUGCUGCUGAUCUCGGGUUCCCCCAGCCAAGUGUGCAGAGCCAAAGCUGCCGUGCACCAGAUUGUGGUGGAGAGCACGCCGGUGUCGGAGCAGCUCCACGUGCCACAGAGAGCUGUCGGGAGGAUCAUUGGUCAUGGCGGUGAGACCGUCCGCCGCAUCUGCCGCAGCUCUGGAGCCCAGGUGCAGUGCCAGCACCAGGCCGAGGCCAAGCUGGCACCGAUGCGGCUCAUCCAGAUCUCAGGGACGCGACAGGAGGUGGAUGCGGCCAAGAAACUCAUCAUGGAGAAGCUGAUGGAGGAUACAGUGUUCCGCCAGGAGCUGGCUCAGACCGCGGUGCUGCGGAGCCGCCGCAAGGAGCCCCUGGGCAGCCGCAGGGAAGCGUCGCUGCUGCCUAAUGGGGAGCACGAUGCUGGGAAUGGGGGCUCUCUGCCAGGGGGGGCGGCUGUGGAGGAGCUACAGGAUGGGAGUGAGGUAGUGGAAGAGCCGACAGCGGUGCCAAAAUUUGAAGUUCCCAGCCCCGAUUUUAGCUUCCAUCCAAAUGAGCACAUGGAGGUCUACGUCUCAGCUACCGAAAACCCCAACCAUUUCUGGAUCCAGAUCAUUGGCGAGCGCAGCCUGCAGCUGGACAAGCUGAUUUCGGAGAUGACGCAGCACUAUGAGAGCAGCGACUGCGUGGCAGAGCUGGCGGCCGUGCAGGCAGGGGACAUCGUGGCAGCUCCAUACACGGGCAGCAGCAAUUGGUACCGGGCUCAGGUGCUGGGCACGCUGGAGAAUGGCAACUUGGACCUCUACUAUGUGGAUUUUGGGGACAACGGGGAGGCGCCCCUUGAGGCUCUGCGAGUGCUGAGGAGCGAUUUCCUGAGCCUGCCCUUCCAGGCCGUUGAGUGUAGCCUGGCUGGGAUCAUGCCUGUGGGGGAGCAGUGGGAAGAGGCAGCGCUGGACGCUUUUGAGAGCCUCACCCACUGCGCCCAGUGGAAGCCACUGGUGGCCAAAAUCUCCAGCUACACCCAGGCUGGGCUGUGCACGUGGCCACGCAUCGCGCUGUUUGACGUCCACUGUGGCGAGAGCCUCGAUAUUGGGGCUGAACUGGUACGGCUGGGCCAUGCUGUGCUGCAGCCCCACCAGGAGCAGGAGGAGGAAGGGGGUGGAUUCCCACUGCCAGUGACAGAGGGUGCAGUGGAGACACCAGAGGACAUGGUGUGCACCUCCCUUGAGAGCCUCCUUUCAGAGCUGCCGCCGAGCCCCAGCGCCACACCACUGACCCUGUCCUGCAUCAGCCUGCUGGAUGAGAGCCCUGAGCGGCUCCAGGGCAAUGCAGAGCCCCCAGCCCCGGGGCUGCUGCUUGGCCCUUCCGCUUCCUCACAGCCUCAGAGGGAUGACGGUGAGGCCCAGCCCAGCUCCGGCUCCUGGUGCCCCACAACAACAGCCCUUGGGGGCCCUGGAACCCACCACACCGUGACACCUGAAGUGCCGUGUUCCAUCGCCUGGAGUGGAGCCCUCUCUGCCAGCAGCCGCCCGUCCCUCUCCAGUGGGGACUCAGGUUCUGUCUUCUGCACCGACUCCACACCCUACACCAACUUCUCUGUCUUCAGUAGCCCCCGGUCUGGGGCCAGCCCCUUCCCCAGCUCCAUCCCCAUCAGCUCUGGGGGUGAAGAGGAAGGCAGAGCCCCACAAGGAGGUGCCUCGAUGACCAGCAGCGGUGACAGCGCAGUGCCAGGGCAGAGCUUCCCCGUUGUGAUGCCCUGACCUCAAGCCGUUUGUACUCCUGUUAACCACAGUGUUGGAUGCGUGUUGAGAAGUCAAGUGCCUGCCCCAUUCCACAGCCUCAUUCCACAGCACGUCCUGCACCCACAGCGCCGCUUUCACCACCAGUUCCACCUCCACGCCACCAUCUUUGAACUGGUUUCCAUCUUCCAUCUGUACCCCAUGGAGCUGUGCCCAUAUCUCACUUAGGGCUGCCUCGGCCCCUCUCUGGAAGCCAUAAGGGUCCCCAGGGCCUGGUUCCUGCUGUUCCCUAUGGGUGGGUGAUGCUGUGCCCACCUUUGGGGGGGGGUGUGUGUGUGGGGUUGGUUUGCCUUUCACAUUGUUGGGCUGCGGUUUGGUUGUUGUUUUCACCCCGCCGAGGGGAAGAGCCUGUUCGGUUUCCUGGUUGAAUAAAGCCCAGAGGGCAGUGAAUGCAGGAGA